ACAACCCGAGGUAGUAUUCUCGCAAUCGUCCAUUAUCGCAGAUGCUGUCAGUGACAGACCUUUGGCACCGACCCCUUUCUGGAACUAUCCGAUACGAAUAAGGAACUUUGCAAGACCAACCAACUUACGCAAUCCCCCUACAUGCCUUCAGCAAAGGUCGCCGAAUGCUCCGUCGAGCCACGUUGCAGCCCGUGCUUCCGAGGAUCCCACGUUGAAUAAAUACCGGUAGACCUUCUGUCCAUGUAUGUGUAGUUGACGCCCAAGUUCGGGGAUAUACCAACUAAUCUCGUGCAACCUGAUUCAUUUCGAUCUAACAUUACUUCAGCAUCCCUGUCACGCCCCAUCAAGAUGUCUUUACUCGGUCUUGAUCUUGCCCAGAAGGGUCUUUCACUCUACACUGUUCCGGCAGCCUUUGUGAUGGCAAUGUUGCCCAAUGUCUAUGCCGCCGUGUUAUCGGGACCGCGCUACGACAAUUCCAACCCACGGAAGCUCCAGAGCACCAUCACCGCCGACGACAAGCUGGAUAAGAUUACAAAGGCACGUAUACUCCGUGCCAAGGCCGCGUCCGAAAACAUAUUUGAGACGCUCGGGUUCUAUUCUGCUGCCGUCGUGGCCGCCAACGUGACCGGCGUUGAUGCCCACGCUGUCAACAUCCUGACCCUGGGCUACAUUGGCUGCCGAGCUUUGUACAACAUCGUCUAUGUGCGCCUGCAGGACAACCGCAACUUUGCCCCACUGCGAAGUCUUGCGUGGAUGGCCAGCAUGGCCAUCACCUUCACACUGUAUUUCAAGGCCGCUGCGCAAUUGGCGUCUUCCUAGAUCAUCCCAUCAGGACGCAGCUUUGGCCCAACUGACUGCUUGUAUAAUAAUCAUCAGCCCAUGGUUGCUUGUAGUAAAUAAUGUUGAGUCUUUACACACCUA